UGAAUAUUUGCUACGACAAUGGCCUAGGCGCCGAUAAAUAUUAGCAUUUUUUAAAUCUCGUUAUAUGUAACAACUUAAAUCGUUACUAUGGUUACCCUUCACUUGUUUGUUAGUUAAGCAACUUGGUGAUUUACAAUUAAAAUCUAUUGCAUACAUCUUUUCUUUAAUUUAAAUCAACGUAAGAACAAUAAUUUAACUUAAAGGAAGCCUAAGAAUUAAAAAUGAGGAAGGUUUGACUUAUAUUUUUCUACCUGACGUCUAUUAAUAAGAACUUAUCUAUAAAAACUAUUCAAAUUGUGUCGUGAUUUAUUAAGAAACAUAUGGAUUUUACAUAUAAUCAAAAUGGGUACCGCAUUAAUCAAGUUAUUUUCACCGGGAGAUGUCCAAGCAAUGGGCUCAGUGCUCGACCGGGUUAUAUCUCAACCUAGCACAGAAGAACACACUGUUCUUUACAAACUGGCUGAUUAUAAAAAAGGUGGUCUGCUUCUAGAAACCUACACUAAAGGUGGCAUGGUAGCUGCAGAGAGAUUAAUACGAGAAGAAUUCUCAGCCUACAUGUACGCUGGCGGUCGAGGCCGUGUGAUAAAUAGAGCUGAAUAUUUACGCUGGAAGUUCAGGGAUCAGGAGCAGGUUGUAUUACCAAUAGAAGCUUCGCUGUCUCCGUAUGACCCGCUUGCCAAGUGGGAGGACCACGUGGCUUGCUGGCAGAUGAGUUAUCGCGGCGCCCUUGGUGAAUCAUUGCUGCAUUUGUUAAUUAUCUGUGAUACAAAAAUCCACACGCGAUUAGCAAGGACACUAGUGAAAUGUUUUCCCAAACUGUCGCUAGAUGUCGUAGAGGGCGAAGAGUAUUUGGGAGCCAGCGCUUUGCAUUUAGCUAUAGCGUACAGCAACAACGAAUUGGUACAAGACUUGGUGGAGGCAGGCGCUGAUGUCAGCCAAAGAGCUAUCGGUAGCUUCUUUUUACCACGUGACCAACAGUGCGUCCCUCCAUCCCGCCAUUCCAAUUACGAAGGUCUAGCUUACCUAGGCGAGUACCCGCUAGCGUGGGCCGCUUGCUGCGCCAAUGAGGCCGUGUACAAUCUACUUCUCGACUCUGGUGCUGAUCCCGACUCUCAGGACUCUUUUGGAAACAUGAUACUACAUAUGGUGGUCGUUUGUGAUAAACUGGACAUGUUCGGGUACGCACUGCGACAUCCAAAAGUCCCGGCUAGUAAUGGUCGGGUCAACCACGCGGGCUUCACGCCCCUAACCCUGGCAUGUCAACUGGGUCGUGCAUCCGUCUUUCGUGAGAUGUUGGAGCUAUCAGCUAGAGAGUUCUGGAGAUAUUCCAACAUUACGUGCUCUGCUUACCCUCUUAAUGCAUUAGACACUUUACUGCCUGAUGGAAAGACAAAUUGGAACUCAGCAUUAUUUAUUAUUUUAAACGGAACCAAACAAGAGCAUUUGAAUAUGUUGGAUGGUGGUAUAAUUCAGAGACUACUCGAAGAGAAAUGGAAGACUUUUGCUAGACAAAAGUUUCUAAAGCGUUUAAUGAUCUUCAUGCUGCAUCUUCUACUUCUUUCUGUAUCUGUGUACUUGAGACACAGCAGUAUUGAGGCUGAUGCUAACCCCAAUUGGGGGUUGGAGGUGACGGACGCUAGAGGCGGUAUACGAUUAGCCAGCGAACUGGGCACCAUACUUAGUACAUUAUGCUAUAUUAUACUGCAACAAGGAGAUGAAAUAAAGAACCAAGGUUUAGUUGCUUAUUUCAAACAAUUGAUUCAUGAACCUGCCAAGUUUAUAUUUCUGGCGUCUAACUUGCUGCUCUUAGCGUGCAUACCAGCGCGUCUCUCUCGUCAGAUGAUGGUGGAAGAAGCUAUACUGAUUUUUGUCCUACCUGGCUCCUGGUUCUUACUUAUGUUUUUUGCGGGUGCGGUGAAGCUGACCGGUCCAUUCGUGACAAUGAUCUACAGCAUGAUAACUGGAGACAUGUUUACAUUUGGCAUUAUCUACAGUAUUGUGCUCUUCGGCUUCUCGCAAUCCUUCUACUUUCUCUACAAAGGAUUCCCAAAUGUCCAAUCAACUUUAUUCUCCAGUUUUCCAAGCACAUGGAUGGCGUUAUUCCAAAUAACUCUUGGUGAUUAUAGUUACACAGAUUUGGGUAUGACGAUAUACCCGAAUUUGGCAAAGGCGGUAUUCGCGCUGUUCAUGGUGUUCGUUCCCAUCCUGUUGCUCAAUAUGCUUAUCGCCAUGAUGGGUAACACAUACGCGCACGUCAUCGAACAAUCUGAGAAGGAGUGGGUUAAGCAGUGGGCAAAGAUAGUGGUGGCGUUAGAACAAUCCGUGGCGCAAGAAGAUGCUCAUCGAUAUUUGCAAGAGUACUCUAUAGGUCUGGGACCGUCAGACGACCCACGAUACGAACAACGUGCAGUAAUGGUAAUCAAGAGUAAAGCCAAGACCCGCGCGAAGCAGAGAAAGGGAGCUCUUGCUAAUUGGAAGCGCGUUGGUAAAGUUACGAUCGCAGAGUUGAGGAAACGAGGCAUCAGUGGCGAAGAGUUGAGAAGACUGAUGUGGGGUCGCGCCUCUAUCUCUACACCGACCAAAGCACCGCUAGCUAGAAGAGUACCACCGCCACCAGACUGCGUGACGGCAGCAGAAGAGGUGUUGAACGGCGAAGUUGGCAAUGGAGUCGGAUCAGCUCUGUCAUCUGCUUUGAAUGUUAUGGCAUUCACUCAUGAACUUGAUCUUAAUGGUCAAGAUCCAAAUCAGAAGCAAGCAACACCAGAUCUAUUAGUAAAUGGUCAAACAUUGAAAUCAAACGUGAUUCCAUCGCAAGUACAGUCAACGCCAAAUCAACUAACGGUCCCGUCUAAUAUUGACCCAAAUAUCAGCUUGACAUUACCCACUACUAAAAGUGACUUAGAAAUAAAGACACAAGGCACUCCGGGAUUUAAUAUACACGUACCAUGUACUGUACCCAAUGAAAUGCUGCCUGGACUGUCUGUUCAAGGUCUUGGUCCUCAAAUACAAUCUACACCAGUAUUACAACCCGUCAAGGAGGAAGUGUUCAGAGAUUAUCUGUUAGAAUUGAUUUCGUUGGCGGAAAAAACUGAUCCAAGCGAUCGUCAAUUGAAAAGUUUGGCAGAACAAGCUGCGAACUUGGAGCACAUACCUGUCAUAGACAUCAAUACCAGUACGGCAGCAAAAUCAACGCGCAAGAUGGUGGCGGGCGCUGUGUCAGGACUUUUCGGAGUGGCAGCAGACGCGCCUGCGCCCGACGCAGGUUGGCGAAGGGAACGACAGGAACAAAGCGAUAGUGAUCCCAUAUCAGAGUCCGUUCUUUUGGGUCGUGCGUCCCGCGCGAGACGUGCUAGGUCGGCGUCGCGCCGCGCUGCUCCGCCCCCACCACACCUCUACGUACCGGCCAGAUCUAUGUAUUUGGUGGCGUCUGAGAGCAGUGCUGUAGAAGACGAACCACCAUGGGAAGAUCAACUGAGUUCUGGAAAUAAUUCGGCAAUGGGUGCCAGUCGCGAUGAAUCUGCUCGUAUGAGAGCCGCUCGUCCACUCUGCAUACAGCAUGCCACAGGUCAAGCUCAAGUCGAACAUUCCUUAUUUAUUACAGGUCCUGGUAGUGGUGCUGAGGUGGAAAGUGCUGCUCCACUGACCACAGUCCAAAAGAACGAGAAAAGGACGCGUCCGAAGACAGCUCGUCCACGUCGUAACAGAGUAUCGCCGGUGCCUGAAGCCAGCAGUCCACUGCAGCACUGGGCGACUGCGCCGCUCAACAAACUCUCUCGCUUUAUUCAUUCCGGCGGUUCCUCUACCUCUCUUACAUCGCACACCUCCCAGGACAGUUCUACCAAAUAUUGACGUCAUAAUACGUCACAAGGUAACGUGAAUGAACUAUGGAAUAUGACUUAGGUAGAUAAUUUAUAAAAAUGUCGAAUUUAGUACUGCCAUUACUAAAAUUACUUAUUAUGUUUUCUGCCGUCAUUGAAAAAAAAACCUAAUUAACCUAUUACCAUAAGAUGCAUUUGCACACGUAAUAUCAGGUUGGUCCUGUUCCUAUACAGUGGGCUUCCAUUGCCGAAGCACAGGAACAAAAAUUACUUCCUACAGUACAGUGACUUUUGAGUUGGAAACACAACAAAAAUAUAA